AUGCGUCUCACGCAUAAGCUCGCCAUGAGCACUGCGCUCGCGCAGAUGACUGCGGCCCUGGCCAUGCCAAGCCACAACCCCUUCAUCACCCAGAGAUCAUCGGACUAUGACCACGACUUUUACAGCAACACGACAAUGGAGUAUGACUUUGUGUGUAUUGGAUCUGGUCCCGGUGGUGGUCACAUGUGCUCGAACCUUGCCAUUGCUGGUUUCAAGGUUCUGCUCAUGGAGGCUGGUGGUGACUCUGGUCUGGACCUCAUCCAGCAGGUGCCGGCCAUGAACAUUGCCUCGACCGAGGACUGGAGCAUGGAAUGGGCGUACUACAUUCACAAGUUCGACGACACGGAGAUUGACAAGAGGGACACCAAGAUGGUGUACAACACUACCGAAGGCAAGAAGUGGACUUCCUACAACGCCACGGGCAACCUGGGCACACCCGCCACUUCCGACCAGAUUCCCGAGGGCGCUGAGCCUCUGGGUAUCUACUACCCCCGUACCGGUGCUCUGGGUGGUUGCUCGCGCCACAAUGCUCUUUUCAGCAUGCAGCCUUAUGAGAUGGACUGGGACGACAUGGUCGAGCUGACGGGCGACAACUCGUACAACUCCACCAACAUGCGCUCGUACUUUACCCGCAUCACCGACGUCAGCUACGAGCCUCACGCAGCUGACUCUGGUACCUCGGGUUGGUACCCUCUGCAGGUCACCUCGCUGAUCACCGCCGCCACUGAUCUCAAGAUCGUGUCCGUCCUGCUCGGUGCCGCCACUGCUUUCGGCCAGACCAUCCUCGAUGAGGUUGUCGAUGCCGCCACCUACCUCGCCCGUGUCCUCAUCAGCGACAUCAACGCCCCCGGCCAGACCAUGGUUCCUCAGGUCUACCAGGUACCCCUGGUCAUGCGCGAGGACUCGCACCGUGGUGGUGUCUACGACUUGAUUGUCAACACCGCCAUGGCCACCAACGACGAUGGCUCCCGCAAGUACUACCUCGACAUCAUGCUGGACACCCUCGCCACCAAGGUCACCUUUGACACCACUGGCGACAAGCCCCGCGCUACCGGUGUUGACUACAUGUCCGGCCAGGCUCUCUACCGUGCUGACCCCCGCAGCGGCGGUGCCCAGCCCACCGGUGAGGGCCACGUGAGCGUCACCAAGGAGGUCAUCGUCGCCGGCGGUGCCUACAACACUCCCCAGAUCCUCAAGCUCUCUGGUGUCGGCCCCAAGGCUGAGCUGGAGAACCUCGGCAUUGACGUUGUCCUUGACCUCCCCGGUGUCGGUACCAACCUGCAGGACCGUUACGAGCAGACCAUGGUCUCCAAGACCGAGACUCCCUUUGCUCUGACUGAGAAGUGCACCUGGCACCCCGACCCCGAGCUGGACCCUUGCAUGAAGACUUUCGUCGACGGUAACGACCAGGUCUCUCGUGGCGCCUACGCUUCCAACGGUAUUGCUGUCGCUGUCAUUCGCAACUCGACCACCUCUGCCCGCGGUGAGCCCGACAUCAUGGUGCUCGGAGGACCCGCCAACUUCACCGGUUACUACUCUGGAUGGUCGCAGGGCUGCACGGCCGACGCUCAGCACUGGGCCUGGAUCAUUCUCAAGUCCCACCAGCGCAACAACUACGGUACCGUCGAGCUGGCCUCCACUGACCCCCGUGACAUGCCCGUCAUCAACUUCCGCAAGUUCUACAACGACACCGAGGCUGCCCUGGAUCUGACUGCCAUCCGUGAGGCUUACGACUAUGCCCGUGGCAUCAUGAACGACGUCAUUCCCAUUGGCGGUAUCCUGUCUGGCUCCGACGGCUCGCUCCUUACCGGUCUCGAUGAGAUCCUUGAGGGUGCCUUUACCGAGGUGUGGCCCGGUGCCGAUGUCACUGGCGACGACCUCGACCAGUUCAUCAAGGACGAGUCCUGGGGUCACCACGCCUCCUGCUCGGCCCCCAUCGGUGCUGACGGCGACCCCAUGGCCGUCCUCGACGGUGACCUGCGCGUCCGCGGCAUUGACGGUCUCCGUGUUUCUGACCUGAGUGCCUGCAACAAGCUGCCGGGUUACUUCCCCAUGAUGUGGAUCCACCAGCUCGUUGAGAAGGUCAGCGAGGUCAUUGUCGCCGAGUACUCGUCGUAA